AUGGCGUUGAAUUAUGUUUGGAUCCUUGCAGUUGUUGCAUUUGCUUUCUUUGUACAAUCAGGCGAGUCUCUGCGAUGCUGGAGCUGCGUUUCUGAUCAACCAGGCACCUGUGGCGAUCCGCUUAAUGUUACCAGCCACCAUCAAACUUUCCACACCCGUGAUUGCGAGUCUAACGCCAAUCCAAAUUCUUACAUCUACAACGAGAAGUAUGUCUGUAAAAAAAUUGUCCAGAAAGAAAAUGGAAGACUCGUUGUCCGACGUUCGUGCGAAAUUCCCGGACCGGAAGAACGUGACAUAAAAGAGGGACCUUGUGCGGCUCAUGACACAACUCACAGCCACGUGACCAUGGUAUCUUGUCACAUCUGCAGCACCGAUCUCUGCAACUCCGCGACUUCAUUGUCUGGUUCACAAGUUUUCUUAAUUUCCGCAGUUGCUUUUAUCGGGGCUUAUAUUUUGCCCACCCUGAAGUAA